CUCGGUUUUGUUAGCAAUUGUCUCGAAAACAACAUUGAAAUCCAAGUAAGUUCUGUUGCUCUUUCUGUGUCUUUUCAUGUCCUGUUUUAUGGCUUUGAUUUCUUAGUUCUUAUAUGUUAGAAUCUUAGCCAACGCUAAAAGGUAAUGUGAAAUAAGCUUGUUUUAUCAAGGAAACAACAGGGAAAAUUAGGUUCUUGUCUUAAAUCCUUGUUACACAAAAAAGAUUAUAGCUUUAAUUAUAAGUAUAAAUGAUUAUUUGAUUCUUAGGGUUUGGUUUUGAUGGAUGCAAAUUUAGAACCUAUACCUAUUACUUCACAAAAACAUGAUCCAGCAUGGAAGCAUUGUCAAAUGUUCAAGAAUGGAGAGAGAGUACAACUAAAGUGUAUUUAUUGUAGCAAAAUUUUUAAGGGAGGAGGAAUUCAUAGGAUUAAAGAACAUUUAGCCGGUCAAAAGGGCAAUGCGUCAACUUGUUUACGAGUUCCUCCUGAUGUUAGGCUUAUGAUGCAACAAAGUUUGGAUGGAGUUGUUGUUAAGAAGAGGAAGAAGCAAAAGAUUGUGGAAGAGAUCACGGAUUUAAACCCUGUAGUUGUCAAUGAGAUAGAGGGUUUUGGUAACAAUCAUAUUGAAGCUAAUAAUGGGAUGGAUUUGAUUGGAGUUUCGAAUGUGAUAGAGCCUAGUUCAAGUUUGUUAGUUGUUCAAGAAGAAAGAACGAUUAGUAAAGGUGGGGAGAGGAAGAAGAGGGGAAGAAGUAAAGGUUCAGUUGCAAAUGAAAGUGCUGCUGGUACUAUGAAUAAUAGAUUGGCAUCAGGUGCUAAAAGAUCGAAAGAACAUGCCCAUAUGGCUAUAGGGAGGUUUUUAUAUGAUAUUGGGGCACCUCUAGAUGCUGUGAACUCAGUUUAUUUUCUACCAAUGGUUAAUGCAAUUGCUUCAGGAGGAUCUGAGGACGGGAUGCCUUCAUAUCAUGAUCUUCGUGGUUGGAUAUUGAAGAAUUCGGUUGAAGAAGUGAAGACAGACAUGGACAAGUACAUGGCAACUUGGGCAAGGACUGGUUGUUCAAUUUUGGUUGAUCAGUGGACCACAUCAAUUGGCAGAACUCUAUUGAGCUUUUUGGUUUAUUGUCCUGAAGGAGUGGUAUUCUUGAAAUCUGUUGAUGCAUCUGAUAUUAUAAAUUCAUCUGAUGCUCUUUAUGAAUUGCUUAAACAAGUUGUGGAAGAAGUUGGAUUUAGACAUGUUUUGCAGGUGAUAACUAGAAUGGAAGAUCAAUAUAUUGUUUCAGGGAAAAGGUUAUCCAAUACUUUUCCUACUCUAUAUUGGGCUCCUUGUGCUGCUCAUUGUGUAGAUUUGAUACUUGAAGAUUUUUCAAAACUUGAAUGGAUAAAUACAGUAAUCGAACAAGCUAGGUCUAUUACAAGAUUUGUAUACAAUCACAGUGUGGUAUUGAAUAUGAUGCGAAGGUAUACUCGUGGCAAUGAUAUUGUCGAACCAGGACUCACCAGUUCUGCUGCAAACUUUGCAACAUUGAAAAGAAUGGUUGAACUUAAGCAUGCUUUGGAGGUAAUGGUUUUUUCACAGGAGUGGGUGGAUUGUCCAUAUUCGAAGAAACCAGGGGGAUUAGAGAUGUUAGAUUUGGUAAGUAAUCAAUCAUUUUGGUCGUCUUGUGAUCUGAUAGCCCAUUUAACAUAUCCUUUCUUGAGACUUUUGAUAAUAGUUAGUUGCCAUAAGAGGCCUGCUAUGGGGUAUGUGUAUGUGGGCAUGUAUCGAGCAAAAGAAGCCAUUAAGAAGAAACUUAUAAAGAGGGAGGAUUAUAUGGUCUACUGGAAUAUUAUAGAUCGUUGGUGGGAAAAACAAAGCAACCUCCCUCUUCAUGCUGCUGGUUUCUUCCUUAAUCCUAAGUUCUUUUAUAGCAUUGAAGGAGAUAUCCACAAUGACAUUCUGUCCGGGAUGAUUGAUUGCAUAGAAAGACUGGUUCCCGAUGCUGACAUUCAAGAUAAAAUUACCAAAGAGAUACAUUCUUACAAAAGUGCAGCUGGAGAUUUUGGAAGGAAGAUGGCAGUAAGAGCUAGAGACACACUGCUUCCUGCUGAAUGGUGGUCAACGUAUGGAGGAAGUUGCCCAAAUUUGGUGCGGUUAGCUAUUCGAAUUCUCAGUCAAACCUGUAGUUCAAUUGUGUAUAAGCAAAAUCAGAUUCCUGUUGAACAAAUACAUGAUACAAGGAAUUGUUUGGAGCGUCAAAGACUCAGUGACCUUGUGUUUGUUCAGUAUAAUUUGCAAUUGAAACAAAUGACUGGUGUUAAGAACAAAGAACAAGAUUCUAUUGACCCCAUUUCAGUUGACAGUAUUAGUACUUUGGAGAACUGGAUCAGGGAGAAAGAUUCCAGCUCAGAAGACUAUGCAAACUUGGAUUGGAUGGCACUUGAUCCACCUUCUUCUAAUACAAGGCUCCAUGAUGAAGUUGAAGAGUUGGGUUCAGGGUUUGAUGAUUAUGAGAUUUUUAAGAGAAUCAAAGACACUAAAGAGGAAAAUGUUGAAGACAAUAAAUAGAACGACUUUCAAGUAAACAUUUUAUUCGAAGUAUGCAAUUGGAUUACUGCUUGCCCACUAUAAUUCACUACGAGACGUUUUUAAUUAUCUGACUUUAUUAAACAUUAACAUUAGAGACAAUUAUAAGAUGUAAAUGGAUUAGGUUUCUUUAACAGUAGAGAUUAUCACUAUGAAGAUUAGGCUAGAUUAUGGUGAAAAAGAUUUGAUAAUGCCACAACUAUUGCUUGAUGAUUGCAGUGGAUUCAGUAUCUUAUUGAAGCCAUGAGGAGUCAAAAUAGUAGGUAGGUAGGUUUGAUGUUUGAGAAAAGUGCAUUGUAGACCAUAGAUAGAUAGAAAAGGCUGUAUAUUAAGUAUGCUAUUGUACACUUCAUCUCAUAAAUAUUCAAAUAGAUUUAUUUUAAGCAUUUCGAAUCUAGAGAACAUUGAGCCUAUAUAUGCAAUGAGAUUAAUGAUUUUUGUCUUAA